AGUUUUCACUGUGUGUUGUUUUUCCGGCUGAAGAUGUGUCACCUGAAGCAGAGAUAACACAUCUGUCAGAUUUAUGGCUCGAUUAUUUUACUACAUUAACUAAAAAACUGACUUUUCUCUCAUAUUAUAUCCGGGUCAGACUUUAUCUGUUGUCUGUAUCUCCUCAUUAAUGAUCAUUAGCCACAGUUAGCUUUAAUUGCUAAUUGUUAGCUGUACUUCAGGAUGUCCUGCAGUUUGCUGGAUUUCUGUCGAGUUCAGGAGCUCAGACAUGUCCGAGAUUUUCUUCUCCAAAGUCAGAAAAAUGCCUCAUCGGAUGACAACAAAGAGCAAACAGAGACAGAGUUAGCAUGGGAUGAGUCAGACUGGGGCUCCUGGGAGACUACGGACACCAAAGAAGAUGGAACCACACCUGAUGAUGAUGAUGCACAACAGAACAGCGCCACCUGGCUGCAGGACUGUGUACUUGCUCUGUCACCAUGUUCAGACCUGCUGGUCAUCGCUCGAGACCAAAAAGCUGUAUUCCUCUCUGCGAAAUGGCAGACAGACGCCACCGGAAAAGAGGAGAUGAUGCUGGCUGUGAGCUGGAGCGGCACACUGGGUGCUGAGGACGGAGAGAGUGUGAGUAGCGUCAUCUGUAUCCCUCUGGCCAGCCAGAAGAGGAGUUCUACAGGUCGUCCUGACUGGACAUGUAUCGUGGUCGGAUUCAGUUCUGGAUACGUUCGCUUUUACACAGAGAAUGGGGUUCUCCUUUUGGCUCAGCUGCUGAAUGAAGACCCGGCUCUCAGACUGAAGUGUCGCACCUAUGAGAUCCCGCGCCAUCCUGGUGUCACAGAGCAGCAUGAAGAGUUGAGUAUUCUGUACCCAGCAGCCCUGGUCACCAUCGAUGGUUUCAGCCUCUUUCAGUCUCUCCGUGCCUGCAGGAAUCAGGUUGCAAGAGCUGCUGCAGCAGGAAGUGAUGUCAUGCAGCCUCCUCCUCUGGCCUAUAAGAAGUGGGGCCUGCAGGACAUGGACACCAUUGUGGACCACAGCAGUGCGGGUGUCAUGACCCUGAACGUAUUUGAUCAGAUGAAGAACGCCUCGAUACUUGGAGGUUUCCACGCGUCAGUAAAGGGCAGUCCUCCUGCCAUGAGUCAGUAUAUGACGGUGGGCGGCGGUCCCUUCACCGGCUUCUUCUACGCAGUGGAGGGCAGUUCUCAGCCUCUUCUCUCCCACGUGGCUCUUGCUGUGGCCAGUAAACUCACUUCUGCGCUGUUCAGUGCUGCCAGUGGAUGGUUAGGAUGGAACAAGAACAAGACUGAAGAGGAUCCUGUUCAAAAACAGAAGCCUAAGGUGGAGCCAGCCACGCCCCUUCCUAUUAGGUUUGGGCUCCCAGAUUCCCGUCGCCAUGGUGAAUCUAUCUGUCUGUCGCCAUGCAACACCAUGGCAGGGGUGACGGACGAUUUUGGAAGAGUGACGCUGCUGGACGUGGUACGCGGCAUCGCCAUCCGCAUGUGGAAGGGUUACCGUGAUGCCCAGCUGGGCUGGGUGCAGGUUUCUGAGGCUCAUGGUGACAGAGACAUAACCACUUCACCCUCCAUGCCCCACCGCUGUGCUCAGUUCCUGGUGAUCUACGCCCCCCGCAGGGGCAUCCUGGAGGUGUGGGGCACUCAGCACGGCCCCCGGAUCGGGGCUUUUACUGUAGGCAAACACUGCAGGUUGUUGUAUCCAGGUUACAGGUUAAUGGGGGUGAACAGUGUGACCAGUCAGGGUUGGCACUUACACACACAGCAGGUGUGUCUGUUUGACCCGGUCAACGGAGUGCUGCGUACCAUCACUGUGCCAUUCCACUUGGCUCUCAGCGAUAAGAAGAGCGAGCGAGCCAAAGACCUGCAUCUGCUGAAACGACUGAGCGCUCUGCUCAGGAGCUCUGAUCCAGACCCUGAUCUUCUGGAAAGUGAGGCUCAGAGUGUCCUGCUGGAGAUCAAACACCCUGCGGUUAAGAAACAGGCGCUGGAGUCUCUGCUGUCCAGUAAGAGCGCUCCGGUCUCAUGUCUGCUCAACAUCAUCCGAGCCUUAUCACGGAGCAUCAGAGAACAAGACCCCGAGGCAGUGGAUGAAUCAUUGCUGCAGUUGUGUUCGUCUCAGCUCAGACUCCUGCAGCUCUACACUGAUGUUCAGCUCCUUCACUCACCUGAUGCCUCACCUACUGAGCCUGAAACUCUCGCAGUACCUGGUAUUGAAGAUGACGUUGCUCGAAUCCAGCCAAUCCUGCGGCGAUAUGCAGAGCUAAACUCCCGCCCCACUGUGUCAUUCGCUCAGGACGAGACAAGGCCGCUGCCAGUCAAAACCUUUCUGGCACAGUUAGUGUGUGAGGGCGGAGAGCUGCGACUCAUCAGGGGCUCGGACACAGACUGGACACAGCUAGGUAGCUUCCUGUUUUGGGGAUGUCUUUCUGGACAGAGUCCACUGGAGCGAGUGUGUGAGACGCUACAGCAGAGUGGCAUCAGCCCUCAGCAGCUACUGUCUCUGCUGCUGACAGUGUGGCUGAACAGAGAGAAGGAGAUCUUAAAGAGAGCAGAUGCUGUUAGGAACCUGCACACACUCCUCAACACACUCAGCUCUAUGAAAGGAGCGGUAGAUGAGUCGUGGGAUGUACAGUGUGUGUCCCCCUGGUGGCAAAAGGUGCGUAAUGCUUGUGUUCAGUCAGAGAGCGCUGGCGCUGCCAUGCUGGCUGCACUUGUCGCUCAGCGAGCUGCCAAGAGGUCCAUCACAAACCUGGCAGAGAGCAAGUUGCAGUCAGAUUGGGAGUGUGUGUCUCUAGAGCUGGAGCAGUGGCUGGUGUGUGUGCGGCAGUUGGAGGACGUGUUGGCGUUACAGACGUUGCUGAGUCUGCCGUCUCCUCAGGGAACACUGGGGGGCGCCAUCCAGCGCUGCUCAGUCAAAACUCUGCUGGAGAGUGGAAGAGGUGGCGUAGCAGACAGCGUUGCGAAGCUGAUCUUCAGACAGGACGUCACUCCUGGAACACUGAGAGACAUUGUGCAGAGGAGGGGGAGUGAGCAUCGUGAGGAGCAUCGUGAGGAGCAUCGUGAGGAGCAUCGUGAGGAGCAUCGUGAGGAGCAUCGUGAGGAGCAUCGUGAGGAGCAGCGUGAGGAGCAGCGUGAGGAGCAGCGUGAGGAGCAGCGUGAGGAGACAGAGGUGGAGGAGAAGGACGCCUUACACACACUGGAGGAGCUGCUGGUGUGUGUGUGUCAGCGUUUCCCCAACUCGCUCUCCUCUGAUGUGUUGUGGGCUCACUGUUGUUGGGAAUACGUGGUGCAGUGGAACAAAGACCCUGAGGUGGGUCGAUACCUGGAGUGGUCUGUUGAGUAUAUGAAGAUGAUCACCAGUCCUCACAUUCAGUUAGGAAUCUCCACCAUGAUGUGGAACACGUUUAUUGUGAAACGUUUCUCUGCAGCAGCCUUCUUAAUGGAAAAGGUGGGAAAAGCUCCAAAGGACAGACUCUGCAGACGGGACAUAGGAAUGGGUGACGCAGCCAUGACCAGUUUCCUGGGCUCCUGUGUACAGCUCCUGCAGGCUCUGAUGGAGGCCGACUCUGGGGUGGAGGAGGCGAGUGUUCCGGAGGUGUGUGUGGAGGAGGUAUGGGGCAGCGUUGAGGGUCCUGCCUCCAUAGCGGAGUUAGCGCUGCAGCAGAGGCCGGUUCAUUACCCACUGGUGCAGCAUCACUGCCUGUUAGCGUCACUUCUGCACGCUGCCAUGAGCUUCUCGCUGCGCCUCAAACCCCUCAGCCUCUUCGACACCAAGGGGAAGAAUGCCUUUUUCAGGGAACUGACCUCCAUCCAGCUGCUGCCCAGUGGAGACAUGGACCCCGGUCUGGUGGCUCUGAGACAGGAAUUUCUGCUGAAUGUGUUGACAGCAUGGGUGAAGGCUCUGGGUGUGGAGCAGGAAGAGGAGGAGGAAGGUGUUUCCUUUAAAGCUGGUGUCAGGGAUCAGGCCUGGAUGGAGACGUGUAUGGAGUUGGGCUCACUGCUGCAGCUUAACAAUGAUAUUCUGCGCAGACACCUCGUCUGUGAGCUGUAUAACCAGGGCCUGGACAUGCGUGCAGAGGAGCUGAUGUUGGAGGUGGAGGAUAAGGAUGUGUUAGGUUCUCAGCUCUUGGUUCUGAUUGGUCAGCGCCUGGCCUACGCCCUGUUUCACUCUCAGACUCAGACCAAAGCCAGCAUGGAGCUCUUGGCACGUCUUCCCCCAACACUCUGCACAUGGCUCAAAGCUAUGGACCCCAGUGAUCUCCAGCGCCCCUCUGUGCCUCUGAAACUGAUCGGCCGCCUGGUGAGCCGUGUGAUCGAGAUGCUACCAGAGAAACAUGCGCAGUACAACAUGGCACUGCAUCUGCUGGAGGCCGUAGACAUACUGCAGGAGGACGAGUGAGAGGGAGGGACAGAGGGACAGACAGACAGAGCUAGUGAGACAGACAGGGACAGAUGGACAUACCAUUUAGACACUUAGGCAGAUCUUUAAAUGAACACAGUUUUUGAUCCCAGAUGCAGUCGAUCAGUCAGGACGUGUUCAGUGUUCAGUGUUCAGUGUCUGUAGAUUUGCUCCUGAGACAAUCCUAAUAUUAAGUAAUGAAUCUUAUUCAGAAAUCAUUUACACUCCCAGAUCUGUAUAUAAAACACAUGCUGUGUUCUACUGUUACAGGAUGAUGAUGAUGAUGAUGAUGAGGAUGAUGAUGGAGUCUCAGUACCACAGCAGAUUGUUUAUAGUUAAAUGUCAUGGAAGAUCCAUGAAACACUAAACAAGCUUCACCUCUGAUUGGUACAAAGUGUUAAUGGCCUUAAAUGUUAAUACUCCAGGUUGUAGUGAAUCAGCUGUUACUAUAGAAACAACAAGGAGCAGAUUAAUAAUAAUUAACCUGUGAAUACGGCUCCAAACUUCCUGACCAAUCAGAAUUAAAGAUUCAGCAGCAAAAAAAAAAAAAAACAUUAAGGAUGCUGAGCAUCUGGCUGAUGGACUGUAACUGGUGU